GUCACCUUACGAGAGAUGGGUGUCUGUCACCUUUCUACUAAAUUGAGAAAACCACUCAUCACCACCAUGGAAACCUGGCUCCUCAUCCUCACCACCCUCCUCCUCCUCAAACCCAUCCUCUCCCUCCUCCUCACCACCAACAAGCUCCCGCCGGGCCCCAUCUCCUUCCCCAUAAUCAGCAGCUUCCUCUGGCUCCGCAAAUCCUUCACGGAGCUCGAGCCCAUCAUCCGCAACCUCCACGCCCGCUACGGCCCAAUCAUCACCCUCCGCAUCGGCUCCCGCCCCGCCGUCUUCAUCUCCAACCGCUCCCUCGCCCACCAGGCCCUAAUCCAAAACGGCGCCGUCUUCGCCGACCGCCCCCCGGCUUUAGCCACCAGCAGAAUCAUCAGCAGCAACCAGCACAACAUCAGCUCCGCCGUCUGCGGCCCCACGUGGCGGCUCCUCCGCCGCAACCUCACCUCCGAAAUCCUCCACCCUUCCCGCGUCAAAUCCUACUCCGGGGCCCGCAAGUGGGUCCUCGACAUCCUCGCGAACCGUCUAACGGAAUCCCAAUCCCAAUCCAACGGAGGGGGAGGAGUCAAAGUCGUUGACCAUUUCCAGUACGCCAUGUUCUGCUUGCUGGUUCUCAUGUGUUUUGGAGACAAACUCGACGAGAACCAGAUCAAUAAAAUCGAAGAGGUCCAGCGGAGGAUGCUCCUCAGCUUCAGCCGGUUCAACAUCCUCAAUUUCUGGCCUUCAUUGACGAAAAUAGUCCUCAAGAAUCGCUGGCAGGAGUUCUUUCGAAUCCGAAAAGCCCAAGAAGAUGUCCUGCUUCCUCUGAUUCGAGCCCGCAAGGAUGCCAAUGUCAACAAGAGCGAUGACUAUGUACUGUCUUACGUCGACACUCUCUGGGACCUCGAGCUUCCCGACGAGAAGAGGAAGCUGACGGAAGACGAGAUCAUUAGCCUCUGUUCGGAGUUUCUCAAUGCCGGAACCGAUAGUACUUCCACCGCGCUGCAGUGGAUCAUGGCUAAUAUUGUGAAGUAUCCGUCUGUGCAGGAGAGGCUUGUAGCGGAGAUUAAAGGAGUGGUGGAGGAAACAGAGGAGGAGGUGAAGGAGGAGGACUUGCAGAAGAUGCCUUAUGUGAAGGCGGUGGUGUUGGAGGGUUUAAGGCGCCACCCACCUGGCCACUUUUUGCUGCCGCAUUCCGUCACGCACGACGUCGUUUUGGAUGGUUAUGUGGUACCAAAGAACGGGACGGUGAAUUUCAUGGUGGCGGAUAUGGGUUGGGAUCCGGAGGUGUGGGAGGAGCCUAUGGAGUUUAAGCCGGAGAGGUUUUUGAGUAAGGAGGGAGGAGAUCAGGGUUUUGAUAUAACGGGGAGUAGAGAGAUUAAGAUGAUGCCGUUUGGGGUAGGGAGGAGGAUUUGCCCUGGUCUUGGGUUGGCGGUGCUUCAUCUGGAGUAUUUUUUGGCGAAUUUGGUGUGGAAAUUCGAGUGGAGAGGUGUGGAGGGGGAGGAUGUUGACUUCGCGGAGAAGCAAGAGUUCACCAUGGUCAUGAGGAAUCCAUUGAAGGCAAACAUUUCACCAAGAGUGCUGAGAUGAAUGAACGGUUUUGGGUUUUAAUGUGUAAUCAACUAAUUAUGAGUUGAGUUUAUAAGACUCUGGUUUCUGGUUUCUGGUUUCUGGUUUCAUCAGUUUGUUUAUGAACCUAAUGCAUGUAAAUGUGGUUUUACGAGCAGUAACGGUAUCAUGGUUUCUAUUAGGGUCUUUCUAUUUGGACCCAGCAAAUUUCUAAGUAUACCCAGCAUUUUAAAUUUAUUUUUUAUUUUCCAUCUUUACCCUUAAUCACACCCAGCACCGUAUCGCAAUCGCACUGAAACUGCAGGAGAAGAGGGUGAACGUUGCGCGGACUUUGUACCUGAAGAGUCUGCUAUCAGGAUUGAUGACAUCAAGGUCGAUAAGGAGAGCAUUGACUUUCUGCUCUUGGCAUGUCUAAAAUUCCUGGGGUAUCAGAAGUUGAGCCGCAGGUUGUGGUUCCUAGCCAAGGAUAUGGACGGGGUCCACAAGGAAGGAGGUUCUAAGGUAUAAAGAUUCGGUAUAAAUAUACCAUUUUCUUACUUUGUUUAUGGAGAACAUAUUUGGAGAUGGAGGACUGUGGAAAGAGUUUAAGGGGAAGAGCGUUGAGCUGGGUUUGAGUUUUUCAUUUGGCGAUUCAAAAUAAGGGUAAGUUGGGUAAUUACAGAAUAAAUUUUUAGAUGCUGGGUAUACUUAGAACUUUGCUGGGUUUAAAUAGAAAGACCUAAUCAAGUCUGAUAGUGUUGGUUCCAAUACUGAAAUUACAGCUUUGUCACUCUUAAUAACCAGUUUAUUUGUUUACG